AUGUCGGGUGGCAUCAACUCAACGAUGGGGGCACUCCUGCUCGGUGUACUUCUUGGUUCUGUGGGGUUCGGUAUCACUACGGUACAGACGUUCCUAUACAUCAAGAAUUUUCCCAAUGACCAUUGGCUUAUCCGAGUGACCGUGUAUCUGCUCCUCGGUUUUGACACCCUUCAUGUCGCCCUCUGCUGGCACAUGAUGUACUACUUCCUGAUCCUCAACUAUAAUAACUCACCUGCUCUGGAGGCGGCACCAUGGAGCUUCGACAUCUCCGUUGUUAUGACCGUUUUCAUAUCCGUGAUCGUACAAUGUUUCUAUGCACGCCGAAUGUUCCUGUUGGGAAACCGCAAUUGGUUCCUGAUGAUAUUGGCCAUUACGCUAGCAAUACCGAGAAUGGUCCUUGGUAUGAUGGUCGCGAUGUCAUUCUUCGUGAACCCGUCCUUCGACGCUGCCGCGCAACAUCUCGGUCCUCUUAUCGGUUCAGCAUUGGGCCUCAGCACGCUCAUAGAUUGUCUCGUCGCCGGCUCCUUAGUGUUCUUCCUCAGGAGUCAUCGGACGGGUUUCAACACAACGGAUAGUUUCUUGAAUGAGCUCAUGUUAUGGUCGGUGAACAACGGUUUGCUGACCAGCAUUGUUUCUGUUUCGGUCAUCAUCCUCUUCAUAGCACUGCACGACCUGGUCUACUUUGCGGUGUACAUCAUUCUCAGCAAGCUGUACAUCAACGCCCUCCUCGCAACCCUGAACUACAGGAAGGUGAUCCGCGGCCGCGGCGUCAACGACGACGAGACGGAUAUAUCGGGCUGGCGUGCCUCCGGCAAUGGUGCGACUCGCGAACGCUCGUUGCCGACAUUCAACUUUGGGGGCUGGAGCACGAAGGGAACAGAUGCCUCGACGCAACUAUCGUUGGGCGGCGUGCGUGUGGUCACCACGAUGACGACGGAUCGGACGCUGGAUCUUUGUUCUGGUGAGGAUAGGGAUGCGGUCUCCGCCGUAGAGGACGGGUUCGUGGCGAGGCCGGAAGGUCUGCAAAACGCUCUCGCGGCGACAAAUACAGGCGACCGCACGGAAGCAUAG